CUGGUUAUGGUGCGUUGACAAUAACUUGCAUUACUUCUCUUCGUGGGUGGUGCACAGGGUUUGAGUGCGGAGGAUCGGCUGGAAUAUGAGGCACGGCGAGCCAGGAUGAAGGCCAAGCGCAAGGGUGGAGCAAUCAAGGCAGCUGCCACCCGCAAAGAGAAGAGGCGUAAGGCUGCCGCCGCCGCUGAUGACGCCAAAGUCAAGGAAGAGGAUGCGUCAUCGGAAGAGAGCAGCUCAGAUGAGUCCUCCGAUGAAGACGAAGAUGAUGACGAGGAAGAAGAGGAGGAGGACGGUGAGGAAGAAGAGGGCACCUGAGGAAAAGGCCAAGUCCGACGAUGAAGACUCGGAUUCGAGCUCAGAUGAGGAGGAAGAAGAGGAAGAGUCUGAAUCGGGCUCCUCAGACUCCUCCAGCAGCGACGAGUCGGACGAGCCGACUGCCCCAACGUUGCCAGCAGCAGUGCCCAAGCCGCAAGUCCCACCCUCCAAGAAGCUGCAGACACCCGUCGUGAAGAAAGAAGAAGCACCGAGUUUGGCUGCGCCACCUGUGAUGGUUAAGACCGAGCCCAACGCGAACCACGAAGACGACGAUGACGACGACAGCAGCGAGAGUGAUAGCGACAGCAGCUCUGACAGCAGCGACGACGACGAUGACUCCGAGUCGGGGUCCGACAGCAAGGACUGAGUUCGCUACAGCCGGUGCCGCGCGCCGUGCCUCAUAUCGUCGCCAUGAACGGGACAAACUUGCCGUGUUGUGCCGCGGGACGAAACAUUCGCACGAGGGAGAGUGCAGCAAUGCUGUUGUACGGCAGACAUCCUUGUGCAACGUUGUCAUCAUGUCCGUCUCGCUUCUGCCGCGGACAGUUAUUAGCCGCGCAGAUGCGAACAUCAGUGCUGCCAGAGUCCUGGCACCUCUCCACGCUCCAUCUAAAAAGUGCCUGCAAGACUUAUCUGUAGUGAUGUUGCAGUGGACGCUACAAUCGUGGUGUGUUGGUUUGACUUGUGUCGCCGGCCUCCUGUUGCUAUCAGCAAAGAAAAAAAGAGACUGGGGAAAAUGCCAGUGUUGUGUCGCAGGCUCAACAGAAAGGCUUGCUUUGCAUAUCUCAUAGUGAAAUACUGUGGAGGGAUCCCAUCGUACGUACGGUGCUGCCGUGCCUUUGGCAAUUCGAAGCACAGUGAACCCGGGGUGGCCGUUUUCUUAGGGCAACGAAAGAGUGGUGAAAAUUAGCUCCGUGACAACGAAGAAACUUGCCAGUGCGUGUGCUUGUACUGCAGCACUGAGCGCGUGCUCUUAAAAUGAUUUUCGUGGACGGAAUCUUGACUGCUAAAAUUAUUAUUGUUUCUCGUCCACACAUGAGGCCAUUUGUGAAGCCUAUCUCGCCAAUGUUGGGCGACUCGUCUGUUGGGCCAGCCGUUGUCACUGACUUAUUUUUUGCGCUUUUUCGGGAUCACCCAAAGCCAGUUUUCAUACCCUUCACACAGUAUUUCAUGCCUUUUACGCUCCCCGCAUACAUCUUAUGAAAAUCUUUUACACAGUACACAUGCCUAACUCGUGAACGAUAAGCAGUGGGCCACUGUGUGUGUAUUCUAUUCAGACCAGUAAAGACUGAAUUGUAAAUUUUGUCAAAUAUUUUUUUUAGAUUCUCCUGUUUCCUUUAAAAAUGUUGAAAUGAUUGUUACAUGCCCCCAUCUGACUGAAAACCCCUUGCUGUCACUGCAGGAAGGGUUUCCCAUCUGUUCCCUUAUUUGUUUUUCUUUUUUAAUACCAUUUACUUCCACAAGGUCUCUUGCGGUGAAAAUCGCUCUGUAGCUGUUUGAGAAGCCCGGAGCAUAUGAUUACGCGUCUGCUGUCCUGGGCGUAUACCCCUCAAUGCGCAGAUUUUACAAUUCAGCAUAUGUUAUCGAUAGCAGGUGCUGUUCUAGGUCGAGCAUUUCUGCUUUAGUUCCCGAUUCUCACUGACAUUGUUUCUUUUCAUACCAUGCGCUCGUCAUUCCUAUUUAUUGGGCCACUGGCUGCGUUGUGCAUGGUCGUUCAGCUUAAAACUUAACACGGAAUACUCACUGCAGAUAAAUUUCGCAGAAUUGAAGUCGCUUGCUUGUUUCACCAUGCCGACAUUGGCUGCUUAAAGCAACCACUCAUAUGUACUCUAGUAGGAUUUAUUGGCUUUAGGGCAGUGUCGUCCAACCUGCCUACUAAGCAGUUUCGGUCUAUUCUAUGCUCACAGUGUAUUCAUCUUUAUGCAAAGCAAGCAAAAGCAUUUGCCUUCAAUUUCAGCGCUAAAAUUGCACUCGGCACCACAAAGUUGGGUCAUGUCACUGGCAUUUGUCAGCAGACACCAGCAUGUCAUACAAUGUGAUAACAACCUCUUUUGAGUGGCGCAUGUAAAUCGUUGGGUUGCUUCCAAGGCAGCUAUGAAAGAUGGCUGCGCAUGUGAUGAGAAGUAAGUCUCUUUUUUUUGUAAUUUUCACUGCAGAUACGGUGCCACGAUACUUACGAAACAUUUGUAUAUUUAAUGACAUUUGAUGUUUAGCACUGCAGGCAAGUACUUUAAGACUUAAGAAAAGCAUCAGUUAUCCUUGAAUUGUUGUGUGGGGGUUUUCGUUGUUUCUAAGCAGUCCGAUUGUGUAGCCCGCAAAUUGCUCACGUGUUUCAAGCGCUACUAAGAGAACUGCAGCAUGACUGUUGUUUUGUAGAUUGUCAUUCCGAGUGCAAAGUGAGGGUUUGCGUUAUUAAUUGCUAACUGUUCGUACUGAUAAAAGUGAGAUCCCUAAAGAUUUUUUUUUACUAUUAGAUUUGUGAGCUUGUGCACACUUCAAAAGCCCUAGCUGCACUGUGAGGAUCAAUUCGAAGAUAUGUUCUGGUUCCUUCACUAAGCACAAAAGCAUUUCAGCAAUUUAAACAAAAAAGACAUGCCGCUUAUAAGCAGAUAGUUCUGCCACGAUAAGAAGUAGUUUAUAACUGUGUUGCGACUUUCUAUCGCAAGGACGAACAGCGGCGACAUUUUUUCACUUUUGUAAACUCUACCCUAUUGUCCCGUGGCUUCCUUCCAAAGAUGCGUAAUAAUAUUCAACUGUCUCAGCGAGAAGACGUUGAACUUAGCCCAAAGCUUCGUGACAGGGUGGCCAGGGUUUAGUAACUUUUUCAAAAAUUGCUGUGGCCUACAGGACAAGGUGUUGCAAAAAGCAUUCGAAGCGACAUAAUUUAAGGAUGCACAUCGACAAGGCAACCGGACGUAAAUGUCUUUUUCGGCUGAAUCACUGCUAAUUGUGUGCAUGAGUUUUUGUCACAGACGAGGCGCUCUGUGGUGCAUUUUGUUCAACACCAUGGCUAGAUGCAAUUUUUGACAGUUUGAUCCCAAAGUGAACCAGAUUUACUUAGCUUAAGCUGCGAUACUAUGCGAAAAGUACACAGUGAGAGGAGUGGUAGUAGUGUCAGUCGCCCAGAGCUCAAAAAUGCUCCUUAGUCCAUUAAAUCUCCAUGGCAGGCAUUGCGCCAUCUUGUAACAUAAUGUGCUUCCGUCUCUCCCAAUGAGAAAUUUUCAUUUUGUGGUGUGGCGUUACUGCAGAAGCUUACAAACGAUGUCAAAACGUUUACGGAGCACAGGAUACGGAGCUGUCUACCACGUAUAGCAGUAUGUUCUCAACAAAAGUGUGAAUUUGAGCAAAUUGGCGAGGUGACAUCUGUAGGUAUGUAGCUCAAAGACAUGGAACCAACGUAAAGAAAACAUACACGCAGAACGGCGUCUCUGUUUUCCUCGGUCCAGUGUUUCGUGCUUUACACCUAAAGGCGUUAAUAAGACAGUUUGCACACUUGGAAAAAAUUGGGAAAACUAGGCUACUAAAACAGAUUUUUCAUGGAUCCUGCUGUCCGUAAACAUACCGUGCCAACCGUAUAUUGUGGAUAAAGCAGUUGUGCAUCCAAGCACGAUAUUAAACAAAAUGCGCCACAAUGUUGCUGCCUCUGCACAAAAUUUGCUCAUUCGAUCGGCCUACAGUUCAGGGCAUAAAGAUCUUCAUGCCAGGCCUCCAUGGCAACACGCGCGACUUCACUGUCACGGAUUUCUUCAAAAUUUUCGUUUGCCCAAAGAUGAACGGCAAGCUUCACAGCUUUUUGCGAGAAUUGUGGCCUUUUCUUGCUACUAAGGUAAGCUGGCGUACCUCCAGGUCAGUGCACAGGAAUGCUGUAUAUUCCAAGCAGAGGCUUCCUUAUAAUACUAAACAGGUCACUUAGUACAGAGACAAGUUGUGUGCCUUUCCUUGUGCCCUAGAGAAACAACUGAUGCUAUACAAUGUGCCAUCACUGUACGAGGUGUAUGCUUGCAUGUAUGCGUGUGCCAUGUAACUGUAUAAUUGUGCAUAUCUCUUUUCUCCCAGUUUCUCAUUGGGCUUAAGCACUGUAGUCCCUACCUGCAGUACCACCAGCCCUCAUGGUGUGCUGUCGAGUUUUAUUGUUUCGUUCUUCUGCGAGAGUUUGUACAAAAGUACAACUUGUGUGUUGUGUAGGCACCCGUAACACAAACUGCCACCGUCAUUAUUCCAUCAUCACCAACUAGUCUGUUUUCUGCCUUAACAGGGACGCAGAAGGGUGUUUUUUUUUUUUUUAAAUAAAUAAAAGUGUCUCAACACGG